AUGGUGGUCUCCUUCCGAAGCAACAGUGAGCUUCCUGAUAUCGGAGGAAUGUACAGCCUCGGAGUAUACAAUAUCUCUUUUCGCACCACUGCGGCCGACCUCCUGCCUGUGUUUGGCAGAUAUGGCACGGUCGGUAAUAUCUACGUGCCGCAAUUCCACCAACCAUACAGACGGGUUGGCUUUGCAUUUGUGCGAUACUACUCCCGCUGGUCUGCUGAGGAGGCACUGUAUCGCGCAGAUGGAAACUUGGUACUUGACGGGCGCCAGCUGAGAGUGAAGAGGCACCCAUUUGGUUGGCCCGAGCCGGAGCAGGCACAUAGACGCCGUAGUUUCGAUUAUGCCAGUCAUCGCAGUGGUGACACUGGUGGUGGCUCCAGGAGAUCUCUGUCUCCAUGCCGACAGCGCCACCAUGGCCGUAGUUGUAGCAACGACCGGGAGAAGCCCCGGAAAUCUCUGUCUCCAUGCCGACAGCGCCACCACGGCCGUAGUCGUAGCAACGGCCGGGAGGAGCCCCGGCCCCGUCGACGUCGUGCCAGAUCCGGUAGUCACUCACACGCCCCACAUACCGGUGAUGGACGUGGUGGCAGUGGCCAGAGUAGUGGUAUGUCGAAAUCGCGAUGGCGCUCCCCAUACAGCUCACCGGAUGCCGCACGCCAAGUGUACUUUCGCUCGCAUUCACGCUCGCCGACGCCGGCGACGGGGUCUCGUCACUCACACGCCCCACACGUCGGUGAUGGACGUGGUGCUGGCAGUGGUCAGAGUAGUGGUAUGUCGAGAUCGCGAUGCCGCUCCCCAUACAGCUCACCGGAUUCCGCAUGUCAAGUGUACUUUCGCUCGCGUUCACGCUCGCCUACGGGGUCUCGCUGCUCUCCACUUCAGAGCUCUCCGCAAAGAUCACCCGGCGGUGCCAGGCAGCGUAGCUACUCACGCUCUCGUUCACUGCUGCGUCUCGCGGAGCAGCCCCUGUUCAUAAAUGAUUAUGUACAUUAUCGGUAG